GAGGAUUUUGUAAUUCCUCUUCGCCAUGCCUGAGCCGGCCAAGUCCGCUCCUGCCCCGAAGAAGGGCUCCAAGAAGGCGGUGACCAAAGCCCAGAAGAAGGACGGCAAGAAGCGCAAGCGCAGCCGCAAGGAGAGCUACUCUGUGUACGUAUACAAGGUGCUGAAGCAGGUCCACCCGGAUACCGGCAUCUCGUCCAAGGCCAUGGGCAUCAUGAACUCCUUCGUCAACGACAUCUUCGAGCGCAUCGCGGGCGAGGCGUCGCGCCUGGCGCAUUACAACAAGCGCUCGACCAUCACCUCCAGGGAGAUCCAGACGGCCGUGCGCCUGCUGCUGCCCGGGGAGCUGGCCAAGCACGCCGUGUCCGAGGGCACCAAGGCUGUCACCAAGUACACCAGCUCCAAGUGAGCCACUGGCUGCAAAGCAGUUGACCAGGCACCGUCACAUCCGAAGGCUCUUUUCAGAGCCAUCCACACUUUCCAAAGAGACCUGGCACUUACUUAGCUUGCUGCUUAAUUUGUUCAACUA